AUGACAGACCGCAAAGGCUUCACAGCCAGCAAUGGCUCAAUUGAAUCAAAUGCCAGAAACCUCAAACAAAUCCAUCGGCAGAUCGACACUCGCAUUCUCCUCUGGUACUCCUUUGUCUAUCUCAUCAUGCGCGUCGACGUAACCAACAUCUCCAACGCAGCCAUCAUCAACAUCGAAGAGGGGAAUGGCAUUAAAAAGGAAUUGGGGAAUCUGACUAGUAGUCAGUGGGCCUGGGCAUUGAGUAUUUUCUAUUAUCCGUAUUUAUUCUUUGAACCGGCAUCGACGGUGCUGUUGAAGAGAUGGUCGCCUUCGGUGUGGAUGUCGAGGAUUAUGAUUACUUGGGGCAUUAUAUCAAUGUGUCAAGGCGCAACGACCAACUACGCCGGUAUACUGGCAACACGCUUCUUCCUCGGUCUGGCCGAAGCAGGCUUUUAUCCUGGUGUUUUAUUCCAUCUCAGCUUCUGGUAUAAUCCAGACGAAUUGCCCCUUCGACUGGCGUUUUUCUAUGCGUCGGGUGUGUUUUCGGGGACGAUUAGUGGGUUACUUGCGUAUGCUGUUUCAUUCAUGAACCAGGCUGGCGGAUUGUCUGGUUGGAGAUGGGUGUUUAUUCUAGAAGGUAUACCGGCUGUUCUAUGCGGUGUAUACACUUACUUUUAUCUUCCAAACUACCCAGAAACAUCCCCCCUUCUAUCUGAACCAGAGAAAACCCUCCUCCUGGAGAACCUCCCUGACACUGCCCCAAAUAUGUCCGCCAAAACCUUCAACUGGAAAGAGGUAAAGACACUCCUGUCUGAUCCGACCUUUCUUUCGUUCAGUUUACUCUGGAUAACACAUGGGAUUGGCGGGUGGGGAAUCUCGUUUGUGCUUCCCACGGUGAUUUAUGAGUUGGGCAUGACGGAUACGGCUGUUUCGCAGUUGAUGUCGAUGCCACCAUCGAGUCUGGCGUUCAUCGUACUUAUCAUUCUGGGAUAUUUUAUCCGAAAGGGGUGGUGGGAUUGUUGGGUUGUUGCUGUUGGAUUGGAACUUAUCUCGAUAAUCAGCUAUAUCAUACUAAUAACAGUCGACACGCCAGUGGUGAAAUACAUCUUCGUCAUGAUUGCCAAUGCGGCGGCGAGUUGUGUGUAUCCGGUUCUUUGGCCUGAACGAAUUCGAGCAGCCAAGGGAACGACGUCUGCUGCUAUUGCGAUUGGAACUACGAAUGCCUGUGCACAAUUAAUGGGUAUCGUUGGGCCACAGGUCUAUCAGUCCAAGUUUGGGCCUUCGUAUAGAGUGAGUUAUGGAACUUCGAUUGGGCUGUUGGCUGGUGCUAUUUUGUUUAUAGGUGCUAGUUGGGGUUCUUUCUGGCUAGAAGUAGCUAAAGUGCAUUAUUCUCCAUCCUGAUUGCCGAUCCGGCUGAAGCUUAGCUCUAGCGAUAGUCGAGCCAUUAUCUUCUCUUAGUUUCACUUUGGAUUUCUUCACUUAACGUGCAGGGCGAGUUGGUUGUCAUUUGGAAGGGCUGAGUAAAUUUUCGAGGAUUCAUUAUUUGGGCCAGUAUAGAAACAACAUAACUAGCAACCAAAUUCGUCAUAGGUUCUCUACCAAAAGGACGGGAGAGUGUCUUCGAGGC